AAUGCCCAUGUUUUAAAUGUUUUCCUAAUAUUCAGUUUAUGUCUGGAUCUAAAAACUACAAUCUCAGGGAAUUAGGUUAGUUCGAUACAGAGAAGGUUAGAUAGGUCUACAAUGGCGCAUUGCAGGGAAAGCAGGAAGGAGCUUAAUUUUUUUUUUCUACGAUACAUUAGUGAUAUAUUAUGUAGUUCCAUUCUUUCAAUGUUUAAUAUUCAUUUUGUUUAACUUAAAAUUAAUAACCUACAGUCCUCAAAUGAUUAUUGCUACGUAUUUAAAUAUUAAAGCACAACAUGUAUUUGCAAGCAUGAUGGGUGCCCAGAAAGGGUCUUUAUGGCGCAAAUUUCGCCAUCAAAAUUAAUGAGGAGGGCACUUUAAUUUUUGAGAGGGUUAAAUUUCGACGUGGCUAUGAAUUUUCAAAAUGAAAAGUUUCAAAUCAAAAUUAAAGUGGAAACAUGGAACAGACCACAGGAUGUGUAAUAGUAUGUAAUAUACGAAUAAUCAAAUUCUAAUUUGGUUUAUUCUGUUUUUUUAAGAAGAAGAGAGGGAUACAAUUUCUUGGGAGGGGGAGGAAGGUUUAUAGGCAGUCUGCCUUGGAAGGAAUGGGUACCCCUGGGAACCUCAGUGUCAUUCAUAAACAAAAAUUAAACUGAAGAAACGUCUUUUAUUAUUUCAAUAACCUCCCUACAUAUGUAUCGAGAUAUCACAGUCCCCUCUCCCUCCCCAUUCUAAUAAUAAAAGAAAAUAUGAACAUAACCAAUGUAGUCUAAUUAUUCUCACAUUUACUGUUGGUGGAUUUUUCGUUAGGCCUGAACUUUCAUCUUCUUCAUCCUCAGACUCUUCUUUUUCAAUAUCUUCUUCAUCCUUUUUAUAAAGCUUAGAGGAAGGCCUUGGUUUGGAUGGGAGGUGAGAAGUUGCCCAGCCAUAGCCUCUGCAUUAGCUCUGUCUGUUUUUUGUUUAUGAUUAAGAAGUUCCUACUCAGCAUUCUUCACUUCUUUCCUCCCUUUUUCCUUUUGCUUUUUACGUUAUAAAGCAACACGAAUCUGUUCUUGUCUCGCACUUUCAGCUUUCUUUUCUUUUCUUUAUUUCUCAGAUUCUAUCAACGCUAACGUUUCCUUCUCUUUCUUGAUUUUAUAUAAAGUUUUCUGUAUAGCAGCGAUGGCUUUCUUGUUUGGUUUUCCGUCUUUAUAUUUAUCUUCUUUCUCUCCCUUGUAUAAUAUAGAAGUAAGAAUUUAUAAUAAACUAAAAGAAUCGAGAUAAAAUCUGUCCAUAAGGUACAUUCCUUCAGGGGUGCCCAGGAGUAGGAUUUCAUGAAGUGUGUAUUUCUGAGGGGGGGUAUAUUUAGACGGAUUUUUGAAUUUUCGAGGGGGUAAAUUUCAAAGGGGUUAUGAAUUUUCAGACUUAGGGACAAGGGAAAAUAUGGAACAUACCGUAGCAUGUUUAAUUUUAUACGAUCUACGAUUUUUGUAAUUCUAUCUUACCUUGCUCUGUUUUUAAGAAAACAUGAGCAAUGAAAUAUCUUGAGAGGAGAGGGAGGGUAAGGUUCUUGCGACACCGGCCUUGGGGAGGGGGGGAUGCACCACUGUAUUCCUUAAUAUUUACUUGCUUAUAUAUUUUUUUUCCUUGAAUAUUUAAUAGUUGACCGUUGCAUUAUAAAGGAAGGAGAUGGUCCGGGGUGGCGGAUAUAGGAUAAAUAGUGGUAAAACUAUUUUAUUAAAAGCCUUAUUAAAUGGGCCCUUUUAAUAAGGUUUUUAAUACAAUAGGUUUACCACUAUAGAGCCUAUUUAUGACCGUCACCCCGAACCAUCUCCUUCCAUUUUUUUUUCUUUAUUUCUUGUUAAGCAAUACUUCUGAGAUUUUGAUCAUACGGAUGAAAUUUACUUAGGUGUGCAAGAAGUUGUCUUAAUUAUAACCGAAUUUACUUUUGCAAAUAAUUUGUAUAUAUGAAAUUACAAAUCAAUAUUAUAUCAUUGAUUUGUUUUUAUAAAUUCAAUACUAGAAAUCAAUAUGUUCAUCUCAAAAAUAUACACAACAAUUUAUAAAUUAAUAAAUAAAUAAGAAUUAAUGAAAAGAAUGUUUACGCCAAUUCAGUGGCAGCGAGACAAUAAAUGUUACACUAUUUAAAUAAAUAAAUAUACGUAAAGGAUAAUAACAUCAUAAUUUAAUUCCAUAAUCUUCUGCUUAUUCACCUCCGAAAGUUGGGAAUCUUUGUAUUCCUGCGCGAGAAAAAAACAAUUGUUUGUGCUCAGAAUCGAAUUUUUCAACUAGCAUUUUACGUUUUAAACAUUAUCGAACAGAUUUGGUUCAGUUUCUGUUUGUAGACAAGUCAAUGUGACGGGCACAUCACCUAUCACCGUUUAUCCGAUUUUCAUGAGAUUUUCAGAGAUUUUGCGGUGUCUUGGUUCCGCAUACAUUUUAUCUGAUACUCUUGCUUACGCGCGCAUAAAUUUACUAUCUUAGAUAUGCCUAUCUUUCAAAAUCUGCUUGUUCGAUUUAGCUCCAAUUUGGAGGAAAGUUAAGAGUAUAGUGAGAAAAAAAAAAUUAUGCUGUAUCAAUUUUAUUGAAUUCCAUCCACUACUCUCCCUUUCAUAUGCGCAAACGUAUUUUCUUAGAUACGCCUAUAUCUCAAACUCGACACAUUCGAUAGGAACAAAAUCUGAAAGGAAGUUAGAGGUUGGUUAAUAUGUGAUCAAGUGGGUAUCAAUUUCAUCAAAUUCUAUCCAAUACUUUCAAAAAAUGCUUCAGCUUUCGAAUCUACAAACGUGCCGUUUUUGAGACGUCUAUAGUUUGAAAACGGUACGAGCCGAUUUGAUUCGAUGAAGUUUUCAUUAAAUUCUGUUUAACGAAAUGAAUUAAUAUAAAUAACUGUCAAGAAUAUCAUGGCUGUGAAAUGUAGGUAAGCAGUGAACAAAUAGAAAAGGAUUUUAAAUUUAUACUAUAAUUUUUAUGAGAACUUAAAUUAUACCCCAAUUUUAAUUUAAACUUUAUGCUGUUGUUGAUUCCAUGUGGUUAGUACCAUAUCUACUGCUGCUACUUAUAUUUCAUAAUAUUUUCAGGGAUGUGGAGAGUAAAAAGUCAGUCAAGUAUAGAAUUAACUGGAUUAAACUCACAGAUUGUAAAAAAUAACCCAUUUUUGUUAUCCUGAGAGUCAUUACUGAAACACCACUAUAUAAAGAAUUUUUGUGAUGAAGAGGGAAUUCAAAAUGCAAUCCUUGGAACAGAAAAUGGAGGGUUGCACAAAGAAGAAAAAUGAUGUAAGAAGGAAGAAGAUUAAUGUGCCGUCGGGGAAACGCAUUGCUCCGGAUGACUUGAUAGAGGAAGGAACUUCAAACUGUGUUCAGUCUACUGCACCUCGACGUCAUAGGAAAACAAGAACAGAGGGAACUGACAGGGAAAAUGAUAUUGCUGAUGAAUCCGAUCUUUUUAUGACGACUCUCAAGAUGAGACUCUGGAGACAUAUUGUGAAAGGCAAUUACAGGAAGAAGGAAAAGAUUAUCGCAAUCAGCAUGGAACUAACACGAGACAUAAGCCACGAAAAUCAGUUCUAUUCACGAAUCCUGUGGUGAAGUUGCCAUGUCGAUAUUGCAUAGUUAAAUACGACGAUGGGUUUUAUCCGCGCCUUAUAUUAAUCCUGGAAUAUUUUUCCGAAGAUUUUAUUUUCACAAGAAAAAUUAUAAACCUUGAAAUAUUGAUACUUGUGUUACCAAUGAAAAUGGGUGGGAGCUAACUGCCCUUACCUGACAGAUGUUUUUAUUUUAUUGGGUCAAAUCCAUCAUACGAACGUUAUUACAAGAGUGUUAGAUCAUAAAAUGAACAGUUUGAAGUUGGUAACCAAAUGAUAAUGUACAAUUUAUUACAUUAUAUAUACUUGCAAUUAAAGUUUUAUUAUUCAUUUAUAUUUCUGUAUAUAUGGUGUGAAUGUGUGCUCCCUGAACUCUAUUAUAAGUGUCCUUAAUUGAGACAGAUUGUAAUUAUUUCUUAAGAAACAAGUUAAAACUUAAAUUUAUUUAUUAACUUUUCUGAGUUAAAAUUAUACUUUGAUAUUGAAAUUGUACUUCACCACUGGCUGAGGAUGUUAUCAGCGGUAAAUAUAAUUUGUUUGAAAUGUAUUAUCAUUUAAAUUUAUUAUUGCCCAAAAUUGUAGUACAUUUUAAUAUAAGUCAAUAGAUAAUCUUUCUAAUUUAAAAAAAAAAAUUGUAUCCUUAUUCCUAACUUGUUACAGGUUUCCUCUCUACACCUAUCACUCUGAUGAAGACCUAAACAUUAUACCAAAACGUCGAUACAAAUUAAAAUAAGAAAGUUUACAUAUCGAAAUGUAUUUCUGUUUACGUACUAGCACCAUCUACCCUCCAAUCAGCCCCUCGCUCAACAAUAAAUCUAUCAUUUGUUCUUAUUCGUGUAAAAAUAUUUUUUUACUGUAAAAUAACAUAUUUAUUUUUAAAAACUAAAUCUUUAUAAUGCAAUUCAUUGUUUCGAUCAUUUUAUCUACUAAUUGCAGAUGACGCGUUUUCCUCACCUAAUAAGCCCAAAGCGUUCCGACAAAAAGAUUUGGGAGAAUGAUACAAGCAAGAAAACACAUUCCAUUGUAUAGUGAAUAUUUGAGUAAAUCGUAACCAAUUUGAAAUGACAAUACCCAGUGGAUUUUAUAUUAACUCUUUUUUUGUAUCUUUUUUAUUGCAGUAUUCAAGUCAAAACUUCCUUCUCUGAAUUAUUGGCUGCACUUCGCAUGCUGCCGGCAAAUCAUUAAAUCUAUAUGAAAAUAAUUCAUCUUCGUGUUAUUUAUUUCACAAUUAUCGAUUACAUAUUUUAUCUGAUCAAUUUUUAUCGAUUGGAAAUCCAGAUUUCGGUUACAUUUUUUUUUCCGUGAUGAGUAAAAUGUCUACAAGUUAAACUUGCUCUGUUUGCACAUCAAUGAUGACUAGCAUCGUCCCUAACCGGCUCAUAGAGCCAAAC